CUCCACAUUCUAUCUCUCUCUAUCUUUCUCCAUUUCUCUCUCUGAAAAGUCUGUAUGUAUUGACGUUGUGUGCGGUUCAGUUGGGCUCCAUGAAUGCUUUAGAGAGAGAACAAGAGAGAGAGAAAAGGCAUCAGGCAUCGCUUCCAAGGCAAGCUUAAAGGGGAAAAGCUUAGGAAAAUAAUAUCCAAACACUCUCUUAUUCUUCUUCCGCUCUAUCCAUACCACACGAAAACACGCAGUGAGUGUGAAUGUGCGUGAGAGAUUGGCGCAGCUAAUUAUGAUGGGGGAAUGAUGAUGUUUUUCGUCACUUGUUAGAUCUUCAUCCCUCCCUCAUUCCGAAGAUUCGUUUGCUUCUCCCUGUAUCUGUAUUUUUUUAUUUUUAUUUUUGUUGUUGUUCAAUUCAUACGCAAAGCACAUAGAUUUCUCGGCUCGCGUGGAUGAUUUGAUGCUAAUCUGACUGAUUGAAGCUAAAAUGACUACAAGACAAGGAACAAAAUCUCAAAAAUCGAGCUCAAGAGUGGCGAAUUCCCCAACGUCAUCAACUACUUCAUCAUCAAAACAGUUCCCGGAAAAUUUUAUUGACGGCGUGAGUUCGCCGGCGUCAUCAUCCGCCAGGAGUAAGCCUCAGUACUAUUACACUGAAAAUUUACCUCUGAAUGCGGAAAGGUCCAAGGAAAAUGUUACGGUGACAGUGCGGUUUAGGCCUCUAAGCCCAAGAGAGAUUCGACAAGGGGAGGAAAUUGCAUGGUAUGCAGAUGGUGAUACUAUUGUGAGGAAUGAGCAUAAUCCAUCAAUAGCUUAUCCAUAUGAUAGAGUUUUUGGCCCUACAACAACAACGCGCCAUGUCUAUGAUGUUGCUGCUCAGCAUGUUGUUAGUGGUUCCAUGGAAGGGAUCAAUGGUACAAUCUUUGCAUAUGGGGUUACAAGCAGUGGGAAAACUCACACCAUGCAUGGAGAUCAAAGGUCCCCUGGUAUUAUACCAUUGGCUGUGAAGGAUGCCUUCAGUAUUAUUCAAGAGACUCCUAGCCGAGAAUUUCUGCUUCGCGUGUCCUAUCUGGAAAUCUAUAAUGAGGUUGUUAAUGACUUGCUGAAUCCAGCUGGACAAAAUCUAAGAAUAAGAGAGGAUGCUCAGGGGACCUUUGUGGAAGGAGUCAAGGAAGAAGUUGUUCUAUCCCCUGCUCAUGCCUUAUCCCUUAUUGCAGCAGGGGAAGAGCAUAGGCAUGUUGGUUCUACAAACUUCAAUCUACUGAGCAGCAGAAGUCACACAAUAUUUACGCUGACAAUAGAGAGUAGCCCUUGUGAAAAUACUGAAGGCGAGGCUGUUAGCUUAUCACAACUGCAUCUCAUUGACUUGGCGGGUUCUGAAAGCUCUAGAGCUGAAACUACUGGUGUCCGCCGGAAAGAGGGAUCCUAUAUCAACAAAAGUCUGCUAACUCUUGGAACUGUUAUAUCAAAGUUAACAGAUGAAAAGGCUACUCAUAUACCAUACAGGGAUUCAAAAUUGACCAGGCUUCUUCAAUCCUCACUAAGUGGUCAUGGACGUGUAUCUCUUAUCUGCACAGUCACUCCCUCAUCUAGCAACUCAGAAGAAACCCAUAAUACAUUAAAGUUUGCGCACCGUGCAAAACACAUUGAGAUUCAGGCAUCACAAAACAAGAUAAUUGAUGAGAAAUCACUUAUCAAGAAAUACCAAAAUGAAAUUCGCCGUCUGAAAGAGGAAUUAGAGCAACUAAAGAAAGGCAUUGUUACAAUCCCACAAGUGAAAGAUAAUGGGGGAGAAGAUAUUACGCUUCUAAAACAAAAGGUCAGACUGCAGUCAAGAUUGGAACAGGAAGAGGAAGCCAAAGCUGCUUUACUUGGCAGAAUUCAGCGUUUGACGAAACUAAUUCUAGUAUCAUCUAAAGCUUCGCAGUCAUCAAGAUUGCCUCAUCGCCCAGGUCCUAGAAGAAGGCAUUCCUUUGGAGAAGAAGAGCUUGCAUAUCUGCCACAUCGAAGACGAGAUCUAAUCUUGGAUGAGGAAAACAAUGAUAUGUAUGUUUCCCCUGAUUGCAAUGUUGAAUCUGUGGAUGACACAGUAAAGGAAGAGAAAAAGGCGAGGAAAAAUGGAUUGCUCAACUGGUUAAAGCUGCGGAAACGGGAAGGUGGCAGUGGGACAUUGGCAAGCACUAGUGACAAAUCUAGUGGUCUCAAGUCAAAUAGUACUCCCUCCACUCCACAAGCAGAAAGUGUUAAUGCUCACAUGGAAUCCUUACCUACAGAAAGCACUAAUUCUGCAGACCAUUUAUCAGAGGCCAGACCAGAUAGAGAACUUCCUGGGGAUAACUUUUUGGGACAAGAGACUCCCCUGACUAGCAUAAAGACAAUUGAUCAACUUGACCUGCUGAGGGAGCAGCAAAAGAUUUUGUCUGAUGAAGUGGCACUCCAUACUAGUGCCUUAAAGAGGUUAUCUGAAGAGGCAUCUCGGAGCCCUGAGAAGGAACAGAUACAAGUGGAGAUAAGAAAAUUGAAAGAUGAUAUCAGAAGGAAGAAUGACCAAAUAUCUUCAUUGGAAAAGCAAAUUACUGAUUCCUUCAUGGGUUCUCAUGAAAAAAUCAGCAACUUGGAGGAUUCACAAUCUGUUUCGGAACUUAUGGCACAAUUGAAUGAGAAAUCUUUUGAACUUGAGGUUAAAGCUGCAGACAAUCGAAUAAUUCAGGAGCAGUUGAAUGAAAAGACCCAUGAAUGUGAACAACUGCAAGAAACAAUUGCCUCCUUGAAACAACAGCUUUCGGAUGCCCUGGAGCGGAGAAAUUCUAGUCCGUCACUUGGUAAUUCACAGCAGUUGUCAGAUACAAAACGUUGGCUGGGAGAACUUCGAAAUGAGAAGGAAAACGCAUCAUCCAAGGCCACUAAGGAAGCCAUACUUCUUCGAUCACAGGCAAGUCAGCUUGAAGAACUCCAACGAAAAGUAGUUGAGCUAACUGAAUCAAAAGAGCAACUGGAGCUUCGGAACCAGAAACUGGCAGAGGAGAGUUCAUACGCCAAGGGGUUAGCAUCGGCUGCUGCUGUCGAGUUAAAGGCACUGUCAGAAGAAGUGGCAAAGCUCAUGAACCAAAAUGAAAGACUAGCUGCUGAACUAGCAGCACCACAAAAAAGCUCCCCUGCACAGCGAAGAACCAGUAUCCCCUCGCGCAAUGGACGGAGAGAUGGCCAUAUUAGGCGAAACGAUCAAAGUGUGUUAACAACAGAUAUGAAGAGAGAACUGGCUUUGAGCCGUGAAAGGGAGCUUUCAUAUGAAGCUGCACUAACCGAAAAGGAACAAAAAGAGGCUGAAUUACAGCGAAAGAUUGAGGAAUCCAAGGAAAGAGAAGCUUAUCUUGAGAAUGAACUAGCAAAUAUGUACAUUACUGUUGCAAAAUUAAAGAAAUCUCAAAGCGCUGAAACUGAUGCUUCUGAAGCAACAAGAGACAGUCAGAUAAUUGAUGGGUUUGAUAUUUGGAACAAUCCUGCACAGAAAAUGGGAUUUUAGCAAGUUUCUCCUUGGAAGUAAGAAUAUUGCUUCAGUCUAUUCCACUAUUGGGGUUGGUUGUGUAUUGCCAGGUUUUUCUUCUUUUUUUUUUUUUUGGCCUUGCGUUUUCUUAUUUCAGUUUUGUGAUGUAGGGAAGAUAACCAUAAUAUUGAUGUAAGGGGCCUUUCAAGUUGUAUGUAUCGAAUGGAUAAAUGGAUUGCUCUGUACAAAGUUUUUUCGGUAUAAUUGACACCACGAAGUAGCUCCAACUGUUGGAAUAAUUUUUACAUGAAUUUUUAA